AACACGCUAAGCUGACUGAGGCUCUGCAGACACAGACAGCAGAAAGGCCUCACACACCUAACUAAAGCUGCUUUGAUUGAGGAGAUACAGAAGCAAAGCCAAGAGAUGGAUAAGUGGAAGAUUCAGCUUGUUGUUGUGACUUUUUGUGCUUUGGUGCAAAUCGAUCAGGCACUGUCUUCCAGUGCGGAAGAGGAGAGAGGGUUGCCCAAAGAGUGGCAGGAUGAAUCACUGGAGGCAGGUCUGAUCCACCCAAUGGCCACUCUGAUGAAAAGAUCUAACGCCCUUCGCUUCUAUGGACUCAUGGGGAAACGCUCAGGAAUAAAGAAACCUUCCAAUGCAGACAGACGAAAAAAAGUGUUCAUAGGUCUGAUGGGAAGAAGCAUUUCCAGUGGCGAAUCUCUAACCAGGAGGAUUCCACCUGCGACAACCACUGCGAUCGAUGUUUCGGAGAAACCACUCAAGCAAGGUAUGAUUGUAUCAGUAUAAAAACCUGAGGUUGUUUUAUUUCUAUGUGCAUUCUUACAGUGGUAUUGUCAUUUUUUUUUAUCAUAUUCUGAGCAAAUUAAAAAUAUCUAUAAUUCAUUAUUUCCAUUGUUUGGCAGGUUCAUCAGAGGAAUGGGUCCAAAUCCUGUAUUGAUGGAGCUGGAAAAAAAAGUACACAUUAUUAAGAUCUAUACAAUUUUACACCAACCAAAGACGUUACCAUACAUCGUACUCCUCAAAAUACACUCUGCUUACUGAUCAAUUCAUGCUAACAAUUAUUGUGUUAAUCCCAAAACAAACAAACAAACAAAAAAAAAAAACAUCUACCAUCUUCAAAAACGCACAUUUCUUAAAGGAAAUAAAAAUAACAGCCUGUAAAUGCUGCUAAAGGUAUGUAUUAUUUUGCAUGAGCAAAGCAAAAACAUUCAUGUUAUCCACCACACUGGACCAUUUAUCGUUUAACAUUCAAAGCUUAGUAGAUGUAGGCAGUUUUAAAACAGGACAAAGAUUCUCUGCUGUUAAUUGACAAUGUUAAAGUCAACAAUCAUUGGACUUGGAACGUAUGGAGCUUAAAAGUCUAAAGGAAAGUAAAAUAUAAAAGUAAAAAAAAAAAAAAAAA